UGCACAGAGGCCGUUUCUGCGUUUACAUAUCCCCACAGAUUUCAUCAUCUCCUCUCUUGUUACUGAGGUCCAUGCUUCGCAGAACAUCAGAACUGCUGAGGAUCAGCACCGAGAUCUCCUCCUUCUCCUCCCUGUGGUCAAAGACCCGGUCCGGAAACAACAACAGACCGUUUUCCGUGUCCCUGUUUAAGAGGAACAAGAAGAGAAGUCUUUGGCUGCAGGAAGGACGAACCAUGGACGGAAACAUGGAGGAGAUUCUGGCCCCUUUGAGGCUGGCUGUCAAAGAACAGGGGGAACUGGUGCGUCAAAUGAAACAGGAUGGAGCUCCUGAUGUGGAUGUUACUAAAGCUGUGGCUGAACUGAAGGCGAGGAAGAGGGCUUUUGAAGCCAAGGAACUGUCAUUAGAACCCAAAGAUGACAUCGUUGACAGAACCAAGAUGGAGGACACCCUCAAGAGGAGAUUCUUCUACGACCAGGCCUUUGCCAUCUAUGGAGGUGUGAGCGGCCUGUAUGACUUCGGCCCUGUCGGCUGCGCCCUGAAGAACAACAUCCUGCAGGUGUGGAGGCAGCACUUCAUCCAGGAGGAGCAGAUCCUGGAGAUCGACUGCACCAUGCUCACCCCCGAGCCCGUCCUCAAGACAUCAGGACAUGUGGACAAAUUUGCUGACUACAUGGUGAAAGACGUGAAGAAUGGCGAGUGCUUCAGGGCCGACCACCUCCUCAAAGCCCACCUCCAGAAGCUGAUGUCCGAUAAGAAGUGCUCAGCAGCGAAGAAGGCUGAGAUGGAGGAAGUCACCACUCAGAUGGACAACUACACCCAGCAGGAGCUCACCGAGUUCUUUGUGAAAUACAACGUGAAGUCUCCCAUCACAGGAAAUGACCUCACGGCUCCCAUCCUUUUCAACCUGAUGUUCCAGACGUCCAUCGGACCAGGAGGGAACAUGACGGGCUAUCUGAGGCCUGAAACCGCUCAGGGAAUCUUCCUCAACUUCAAGCGUCUGCUGGAGUUCAACCAGGGAAAACUUCCCUUCGCUGCUGCUCAAAUAGGAAACUCCUUCAGGAACGAGAUCUCUCCUCGCUCUGGACUCAUCCGUGUCAGAGAGUUCACCAUGGCUGAGAUCGAGCACUUUGUGGAUCCAAAUGAGAAAAUCCACCCCAAAUUCUCGAAUGUAGCCGACCUGGACCUCACGCUCUACUCCUCCAAGGCUCAGACCAGCGGACAGUCUGCAAAGAUCAUGAGGCUGGGGGACGCUGUGGAGCAGGGAGUGAUCAACAACACCGUCCUGGGAUACUUCAUCGGGAGGAUCUACCUCUACCUCACUAAAGUUGGUAUCUCCAAAGACAAGCUGCGCUUCCGUCAGCACAUGGACAACGAGAUGGCUCACUACGCCUGCGACUGCUGGGACGCUGAAACCAAAACCUCCUAUGGCUGGAUCGAGAUCGUGGGAUGUGCCGACCGCUCCUGCUUUGAUCUGCAAUGCCAUGCGAAAGCUACAAAGGUCCCGUUGGUCGCUGAGAAGCCUCUAAAAGAACCCAAAAUUGUAAACGUGGUCCAGUUCGAGGCCAACAAAGGAGCCAUCGGGAAGGUGUACAAGAAGGACGCUAAGAUCGCCAUGGAGUAUCUGUCCGGGUGUGACGAGAGCUUCAUCACAGAGCAGGAGCAGCUGCUCACUGACGCUGGAGAGUUCACCAUCGAGUCAGAAGGCAAGUCCUUCAAACUCACGAAGGACAUGGUCAGCGUGAAGCGGUUCCAGAAGACUCUGCACGUGGAGGAAAUAGUUCCCAAUGUAAUCGAGCCCUCCUUCGGUAUCGGCAGGGUCAUGUACUCCAUCUUUGAGCACACAUUCCAGGUCAGAAAAGGUGAUGAUCAAAGAACGUACUUCAGCUUCCCUGUCACUGUAGCUCCUUACAAAUGCUCCGUCCUGCCUCUGAGUCAAAACCAGGAAUUUGUGCCCUUCGUGAAGCAGUUAUCCGAGGCGAUGACGAAGAACAACGUGUCCUACAAGGUGGACGACUCUGCGGGAUCCAUCGGGAGACGCUACGCCCGGGCAGAUGAGAUCGGCGUGGCGUUCGGCAUCACCAUCGACUUCGACACGGUGAACAAGACGCCUCACACCGCCACGCUGAGAGACCGAGACUCCAUGAGGCAGAUCAGGGCCGAGGUCAGCGAGUUGCCUGACAUCGUUCGAGACUUGGCCAACGGAUCACUGACCUGGGCCGAGGUGGAGAGCAAGUUCCCCCUCUUCGAAGGCCAGGAGACCGGCAAGAAGGACACGGUCGAAGAGUAACGCCCCCCCCACGGACUUGUUGCAUAUGCAUCACCAGGAAGAAUAUUGCAGCUGUAUUUUUUACAGAGGUGCACUCCACUGCAAUCACUAAAUUGUCAUGUAUUCAUCAUAUCUAACAGUUGUGGAAGGCUUGCACAGGACUGAUUUCUCCGACGAGCGACAUUUCAUCCAUGUACGGCACGUCGAUGUGUUUUUAAAGGAGGAAAUGUAAUCAGGUUGUUGUCGUCAGUCUGCCAGGUUCCAGGCAGACUGGAUUGAAAUAUUAAAACAUUUCAAUAAAAACAACCAGCACUUACUGGACACGGGCAUAACA